GGUGCUCCCUUGAGGGAGUCAGACGAAAAGUAGCCAGUGGUGAUCCAGCUGCGGUUGCUCGGCUUGGAGCACAGCCCCGGAUCCAGGAUCCCCCGGUUACUUCCUGAAGCGCCUGGGAGGCGCCUCGCACCCACCCGGACCCCCAGCCUGUCUUUCCCUGGGCGCCGCCCCCACCGCACUUCCCCCCUCGAUUUUGCCCGGAAAGAGUCACAGGCAAAAGCGAACUUUCGAAGGUGGCUAGCUCCCGCUCGCUCCAGCCCGUGCCUGGCCGUGAGCGCGUGUGUGCGCGAGUGUGCGCGCGUAUGCGAGGCCCCGAGCCGGGUAGGAAACGCCAGGCUCCGCGGGAGGAAAGAGCGGCCCGGCCCCGGCCCCGGCCCCCGCCCCCGCCCCGCUUCGGCUGCCGGCCGGAGCAUGCCCGGUGGGGGUCCCCAGGGUGCCCCGGCUGGCGACAGCAGCCACCGCUCAGGUGGCUGGGAGUGCUCAGCACUGGCAGUGUGCCCUCGGAGGCGGCGGCUGGCACGGAGGCCGGGCUACAUGAGAAGCACUCCUGGGCCUGGGCUCGGGUUUCUCCCUGCAGUGGCAGGCAGACCAUUCUGUGUUCUGGGAGGGGUGAGUGGUGAGGAGUUCCACCGCUCUGCAUCUGGGGCUGGACAGUGUGCCCUUGAGCUGAAUGGCCAGUGUGGAGGGCCCUCUUCCAAGAGCUCACCUGCCCUGGCUGUGGACUCUGUGGGCCACCUAAGUCAGGCCCAGACCUCUGUGAGUGGAGCACCUGGGACCCCAGUGCACUUUGGGAUUCAGCUCAGAGAUGGCACCAAGCUUCCCCACAGGCUAGCCAGGCUCUGCAGCUCUGAGGACACUGGGCUUCAACAAGAGUGUCUGUCUGACAGUGGUGAGGCCCCGGUCCCUAGCCAGGAUGCAGCCUGCAGUGAAGGAGCAAGAGGCACCCAGGCCACAGACUCUCCGGUACCAGCAGAGGCGAGUGGCAGCAGCUGCAGGUUCCAGAGCGGCCCCUUCAUCCCGCCAGCCCCUCCUGGUCCCCACGAAGCCUUUGCCUCCAGCUUUAGCUUCAUUCAGCUCUCUCUUGCCUCUGUCGGGGAACGCGGAGAGGCAGAAGGCUGCCUGCCAUCCAGAGAGGCUGAGUCCCCUCAUCAGAGCCCCCGGGAUAUGGGACCUGUGGCUUCCAGCUCAGACAGGCCCCACGAAGACCCUGGAUGUCUCUCGGGGUCCUUCAGCCCCACAGCUACCCAGGGCUCUGCAGACUUGGCCCAGGAGGCAAGGAGCAGCUUCUGGCCGGAGUGGGACAUGCCUUCUUCCCUGAACCUGGACACUGGCUCCUCUUCUGCCCUGGGCCCCAUGCUGACUGGCUGUCAUGGUGACAAGGGCAGUGGCUCAGGAAAUGCCCACGGUUGGGAUGACCUGCUCAGGAGAUGGGAGCCUGUGCUGCAUGAUUGUCUACAGAGCAGCUCGAGGCAGCUGGAGGUAACAUCCUUAAAGUUAAAGCUUCAGAAACUUCAGGAGAAAGCAAUUGAGGAUGAUGACUAUGAUAAAGCUGAGAUGCUGAGACAGAGGUUGGAAGACCUGGAACAGGAGCCAGGCCACCUGUCUAUGAUGCUCCCAUCCCUACAGCCAGCCCUCAGCAGCUUCCUGGGCCACCUGGUGGCACAGGCCCAGGCCGUCCUGCAUCGAGCUACCCAGCUGGCCAGCAGUGACAGUGCCCCAGCCCCACUUGGAAGUGAGUCAGAGCCCACCGCCCAGGACAGCCUUUGUGAGGCCCUUGCAAGGCGGGACUGGCUUCUUCAGGAGAAGCGGCAGCUGCAGAAAGAAGUGGAAGCUCUCCAGGAAAGGAUGUCUGCGCUGGAGGCAAAAGAUCAGCAGCUGAGGAGGGAGAUAGAGGAGCAAGAGAGAGAACUUCAGUGGCAAGGCUGUGGCCUGGUGACACUGCUGGUCCAGCUGUCCCGGGAGCAUCUGCAGGAGGUCCACGAGGCCCUGAGGGACACGCUGGCCUCUGCCAGCCAGAUUCCCUUCCACUUGGAGCAACCUGAAACCAUUAGGAGCCUCCGGGAAAGAAUAAAAGUCCUGAACUUGUCACUUCAAGAGAUCUCCACCAAGGUGUGCAUGGGUGAGAGACUCUGCAGCACCCUGAGGAGGAGAGUCAGUGACCUUGAGACCCAGCUACUGGCAUUGCUUGAAGCCAAAAUGCUUGCCAUAUCAGGAAGCCAUUUCUGCACAGCCAAGGACCUCACGGAGGAGAUUCGAACCUUGACCUCAGAGCGAGAAGGGCUGGAGCCCAUCCUGAGCAGGCUGUGGGCACUCAGGUCUAGGACUGCAGGAGAGCUGGGAAGCGUGGUGGAAGACCACAGCCGGCUGACAAAGGAACUGCAGCUCCAGGAGGCUGCGCACAAAGCAAGUGUGAAGGGAAGUACUGUGAAGUACAUGGAAAUGCUUGAAGACAAGAUGCUCAGCUGCAAGUGUCCGCUGCUGGGAAGAGUGUGGGAAGCUGACUUGGAGGCUUGCCGGCUGCUGGUCCAGAGCCUGGAGCUUCAGGAGGCAGGGGGCAACCUGUCUGUUGAAGAUGAGCAGCAGGUGGAUGACACAGGGGCAGCUGCCUGGACAGCCACCCUAGCUGGCCUUCCCAGGCACUCCUCCGAAGACGGGAGGAAGAGCCCUCUUCAGGUGUCCCAUGGAUGGAGGGCUCCUCUGACCAUCUGUGUGCCCUGUACUGGAGGUGAAUGGAAGCAGGAAUCUUACGUCCUUUCUGCAGAACUUGGAGAAAAAUGCGAAGCCAUAGACAAGAAGUUACUGCAUCUAGAAGAUCAGCUUCACACAGCGAUCCAUAGUCAUGAUGAAGACCUCAUUCAGUCUCUCAAGGGGCAGCUCCAGAUGGUGAAGGAGACGCUGCAGGCCAUGCUCCUGCAGCUCCAGCCAGCAAAGGAGGCGGGAGGAGGAGAAGCUGGUGCCCCCAGCACAGCAGCUGCAUCCUGGGAAGUACAGCCCUGAGGGGGCUAGGAAAGGAGGUGGUCCAUAAGGAUGGACUCCCCGUGUCACUGAUAUGUCUAGCUUAGCCACAGAGACAUGAGUCUCCCAGCAGAAAGGGGGCCCUUUUUAUUCACAUGAAUGGAUGAGGAAUAUGGAAAUUGGGAUAUUGAGAGUGAAAUUUGCUGACUUUCCUUCUAAAUGUCACUCAGAAGUUCCUUUCCCAUGUCAUUUGAGGGAGCAUUUUUCUCUCAGCCCCCAGUUUGGAGUGAAAUCUGCUGGAACAAUAUCUCUUUUCCCAGCACCGUUUUGCUUUCUGCUGCAACUAAAAUAGUUCCUGGAUCAAGAUCCAGUGGAAAGGAAACCAAAUUUAAGACCAGGGUUGCACACCUGCUGCUUUCCUGUGAGAACAAGAGUCAGUGAGCCCUGGAGUCUGGGGUGACAGCCUCUACCUCCCUGCUCCUGUGCCUGACUGCUGUCCUGGGAAAUUCACAGGAAGCUUCCAAAGGAUGCUUCAUACAGCACUGGACUCCCUGCCUUGAGCAUCCAGCUGGGCUUUUAUGGCAAUGACUGCACCUACAGCAAGGAGCCAAGGUUGUGGGGACAUUCUGAAAGUCACUGGCGAAGAGGAUGGAGGGUGUGGACAAUGAUGAGUCAGGAGACAGCCAUACCUGUGAGCCUCUUCCUCCUGCUGAAACUAUUUCCAUUGCUUCCAGGCAGUGACAAUGCGGACCCCAGUUCCAGUGGCCAGCUGGAUUCAAUAUGCUGCACAGAUUCCAAAGUCCAAGCAGUGGUCCCUAGUGGCCUUGCAGGUCCUGCUAGGCUGCUCUUCUGGCUCUGGGGACUCCUGCUGCGAUGGCUGUCAAGCAAGCUGUGCCCUCAGGCUCACUUUCCCAAGUGGCCCUAGGAGUGCUCUGCAAACAUUAGGUAACUGCUGUGCACCAUAACUACUUCGUGGAGACCUCUGUGCACAUUAGCAUGCCUGUCUGUGGAAGCUACUUGAAGAAGCCCACUCGAUUUUGUUCAGCCCCAACUCCCCAGCUUGUUUAAUCGAUUGUGUGUUAUUUUUCAUCCUCCCAGUGAUGGGUUGGGCAGCACUGCAGUCUCUGGGAGGUCUUUGUCUGAACACUGACUUCCAUCACUGACAUGUGAGCUAGAGACCAACUCAAAUUUCUGGAGUGCUGAGCCUGCAGCUACCUGCAGUCUGGGAAGUUGAACUGGGUAAUUGGCCUUUCUGUGCUUCUGUUCUCAUUUAUAUUGCAGGGAUGGUGAUCUUCCUGCCACCAUUGUGAUCCAUGGACAGGUGACUCUUUUUGUCAUUUCCUGGUCACAUGAUCAUUUCCAGAAGGUGGCCGAUGCUUUGCUCAGCCUUCUGUGCUGCAUGAUACCUCUGUCCUAAGUCAAGCAGAAGCUUCUACUUCAGCAUGUGGCCAGGGCACAGGCAACAAAGCAAAAGCUCAACACAUGAACACACUGCAUUUUAGAAAACACACUGCAUAUUUGAAUAAUAAGCAUAAUUAAUUUGUUUGCCAGACUUGAUUUUUCAAUAAUGGACCAAAUUCUUAAAUUAUUUAUAAUUGUGCCUUUAAAAAGUACUAUGAACUAGUCAUGUGACACCUGGAAUCUUUAAAUGCUAGAACUAAUUCCAGUGAAGCAGUACUUGAAGAAAGUCACAAUUGACCAUAUUGCAGGUAACAAAUUCCUACUUUGGUAUGUGUUUUUGAAUAGCCUCCUGGGCACCAGACAUUUAAUAGUCACUAGCCCAAGUCUUUUGUAUUAGUCAGAUACCACUGUGAAAUUAUUCUGUGAGAUCAUCAAGUGUCUGAAAAUUCCAGACUUUAAUAAUUACCUGAGUGUGCCCCAGAUGAGGCCCCAUUGGUCCCUCCAGGGGACAGAGUAUCUACUUCCUUGUUGUGACUUGUGGUCAAAUUUGAGGUCAGGCAAGAGAGUGAUGCUUCAGCCUCAUGCUGUACCUCACCCCCAUUGUUGCUUGGUUUUGGAGUGUCAUCAGGAAGGCUGCUAAGGCCAGGGCUUCCUGUAGCCAUGCCACCUUCUCAUGACAACUCUCCUCAAAGUAGGGAUCUGAGACCAUGUAUUCCCAGCCAUUAUACAGGACCGUUUUUGCCAGGACAACAACAUAAAAAAA